GAUGGAGAAACAGGCGCUGGAGAAUAUCCUAGGAUACAACGACGGUGUGGAUAAUCCUGCGGGAUACUUCAAACAUUAUCCCAGCUUGAAGCGGAACAUCGUGGCGAAGAACCUUGAAACUAUUUGCACGGCGAGCGAUACGGAUUCGAUUAAAUUAGGGCGAGGAUUUCGAUGCGCGGACGGACUUGAAGACAAUAACAACACAAAAAGCAAGGAGCCCAGGGUUAAGGGAAAACAGACGGACAAAUGCGAUAGCGAGCCAACCGGAAGUGACAGCAGCAGUGUCAACAGUGCCAGGGAUGUCAAGAGCCAUCAUAAAAAUGGCGGCUCCUCGGCUCACGGGAAGAAGGACCGGGUGUCACGUGGGAAAGCCGGGACCAGCAGCCGGAAUCAGUCGUUCAAGUCGGCGAAACGGGUUUCGUUCCGGCUAAGACAUGAACGCAUGGAUGGAGCCGACCUGUGCUUUGAGAUCGUCAAGAGGGCGUCGUCAGGGUUUGUGUACAGUGAGGCGGUGGCCAGCCACUACAUGCGGCAGGUGCUGGAGGCCCUGCGCUACUGCCACACCAACAACAUCAUCCACCGGGACCUCAAGCCCCACUGCAUCCUUCUGGCGUCCACGGAGAACUCGGCCCCAGUCAAACUGGGCGGCUUCGGCGUGGCCACGUUACUGCCCAAUGACCAGCUCAUUACCUCAGGUCGAGUGGGCACUCCGCAAUACAUGGCGCCGGAGGUCAUAGACCGGAAGCCGUACGGAAAGCCGGUAGACAUGUGGGGCUGUGGGGUGCUCUUGUUUAUACUGCUGGGGGGUUAUCCCCCUUUUUGUGGCACCAAGGAGAGGCUGUAUGAAAUUAUUGUCAAGGGCAAUUAUCCUAUGAAACCAAAGCAAUGGGACCACAUAUCUCCAGCAGGGAGAGAACUCAUGCAAAGACUCUUAGAGAAAGACCCAGAGAAGAGGAUAACAGUGGAGCAAGCAUUAGAGCAUCCGUGGAUAAAGUGUAAAAAAGAUGUACCAAGGAAUCACCUGCAUGAAACUGUAGACGAGUUGAAAAAAUUUAAUUCCAGGAGAAAGCUUAAAGGGGCUAUUAUGGCUGCUGUGGCUAGUCCGAAGUGGACAAGUUUUUACAAUGACCCUUCACCCCCGGAGGAUGAUGAUGUCACCUCAGCUGCAGUGUCCCAGGUGCUUGACUCCCUUGAGGAGAUCCAGCUGUUGACCGACUGCGCUCACAGCCAGCAGCACACCAACUUCCUCGACCAAGUCUUCCAAGAUUCCAAACUUGUGGCCUUACUCAACCUUUACGAUAAGAUCAAUACAAGAUCGGCAAGCCCUGCUCGCAGGCCCAGCUCUGAUGCCGUCCAUAGAGCUAGCGAGGUCCUUCGUCUUCUCCAAGCCAAUUCGACAGGAUCUCACUGCACGGAGGUGGCCGAGCUUAGGCGACUGCUUACAUCCCCCAACAUGAAAGCCCUCCUUCAGUCCCACGAUGUGGUAGCCCAUGAAGUCUACAGUGAAGACACCGCCCACCACGCGUCACCCAGCUCAUCGCAUCCCUCCUCCAUCCCCGCCCACCCCUACGUCAAUGGCAGCAUGAGCGCUCAAGGCAACGGAGACAUUGACGGCGGCGGUCUCCGGCACGACACCGUCGAUGGCGUCGUCCGUGUUCGGCUGGUCCAGUUCCAGAAAAAUACCGACGAACCAAUGGGAAUCACGCUCAAGGUCAACGACGAAGGUCAGUGUUUUGUGGCCCGGAUCAUGCACGGUGGGAUGAUACAUCGGCAAGGUACACUCCAUGUUGGUGAUGAAAUCAAAGAGAUCAAUGGUAUCAGUGUCCAGAAUCAGCCUGUAGACAAACUACAGUCUAUGCUGAGAGACCUUAAAGGUGCUGUAGUUCUAAAAGUUCUGCCCUCUGUGUCCAGUCCCAAAAGUGAACAUCUUCAGCAGAAAGAGAAGGAAGCAAGGGGUAGCAUCAUACUCAAGAUAGUACCCAGUCAAAGGGUUUAUGUACCACAGUGUGAGAUUUAUGUUCGAGCAUUAUUUAAUUAUAACCCUGGUGACGACGACCUCAUUCCAUGCUCACAGGCUGGUGUGCCUUUUAAAGUGGGAGAUGUUCUACGGAUCAUAAGCAAAGAUGAUUCCGACUGGUGGCAAGCCAAGAAGUGGGAGGUGAAGAGCUCAGGGCCUGCUGGUUUGAUUCCAUCUCCAGAACUUCAGGAGUGGAGAACAGCUUGUGCAGCCAUUGAGAGAGCUAAACAUGAACAUGCAGCAAACUGUUCAUGGUUCAACCGAAAGAAAAAAGACAAGUACCUGGCUAAACACAAUGCUGUAUUUGACCAGCUGGACCUGGUGACCUAUGAGGAAGUGGUACGGUUACCUCAGUUUUUGAGGAGAACCUUGGUGCUUCUAGGCGCCCACGGAGUUGGGAGGAGACACAUCAAAAACACCCUCAUUACUGGUCAUCCAGAAAGAUUCGCCUACCCUAUUCCACACACUACCCGGCAGGCACGUGUAGACGAGGAGGAUGGGAAAAACUAUUUCUUCGUGACCCAUGAAGCCAUGAUGCGGGACAUAGCCAACAACGAAUACUUAGAAUAUGGGACGCACGAGGACGCAAUGUAUGGAACCAAGCUUGAGACAAUACGUAACAUUCAUUCCCGAGGCUUGAUGGCUAUUCUAGAUGUGGAACCACAGGCACUAAAAGUGCUACGGGCAGCUGACUAUGCCCCUUAUAUUGUGUUUAUCGCUGCGCCCAAACCUGAAGAUAUCAGUGAAAAACUUAGAAACUUCAGUGAUUCAAGUUUAGAACGCUUAGCAAAUGAAAGCAAACUCCUGGAAAAAGCCUACGGUCAUUUCUUUGACCUGAAGAUUGUAAACAAUGACAUUGAUGAGACCAUUCAGACUUUAGAAAAAGCUAUAGAAGAAAUUUGUUCAACGCCACAGUGGGUGCCGGUCAGCUGGGUGUAUUAGUGUGUUUGUUGAUGUGGAAUGCCUGCUUGUUUGAAGUUGAUCUAUUCUUCCAAUAUGAGCCUUGAGUGUUGUUAGGGAGAGAGCCAUGUUAUUGACCAAUGCUUAAGUUGAUAGUUUGUGACUUGUUUGUUUGUGGUGGUUUAAUGACCACUGCCGGUGCGUGACCAUGCAAAGAUUAUUAUAAGGUUGUUUUGGUAUGCCUGUUUAAAUUAAUUAGAAAUACCAUUUAUUUUAAUGUUAAAUUUGAUAUUACACUGGCACUUCAUAUAUUUAUAUUAGACUACUUUGUAAAAGAAUUAAGUUAAAAUCUUUUAUAUGCAUUUAUUAUAAAACUUACAUGUAAGUUAUUUAGAAAGGUGUAGUUUCUGUUAAAAUAUUUGUAUAAAAUACUUACUGGUAAGCGAGUAGAUAUUGUCAUGUUUGAGAAAGGAAGAGAACAGUGACAGUGUUACACAAUGAUGUAGUCUGGCAGGUAGGUUACACUGGAACACAGGGUGAAAGAGAUGUAUAACAAAAAUACCUGUGGGUAGGCCUCUUGUAUGUUACGUCAAAACUUAGAAUAUAUAGUUUAAGAUAGCAGGAUUAUUAAUAGUUUAAUUCAUGAAACAUUUUUGAUAAUUAAAUUUUUGUAUUUUUAAAAAUAGAAUUUAAAUUUUUAAUUAAUUAUUUUAUUGUUUUAAUUCCCUCUUUAAAAUGUAUUAGACUUUUUUUUUCUUACAUUCUAGCUAUAAUGGUUUAAAGGCUUAAAAAAGGAAUAUUUUGCUAAUCAACUGUCAAAUGGGACAGCUAAAUUUAGUACAUUCAUGGAUAACCGUAAGAGGAAAAAAACCACACUAAAAAAUAAUUUGGCUGUUUGAAGCAAAUAAGGCCAUUUAUUUCUCAAUAUUAAUUUUUUUUUAAAUGAAUAGUUCUUAUAUUAAUUGACAGUGAAGUUAAUUCAUAAUUUUAUUUAAUUACAAUUCAGCCAGAUUAACCUUUGCUAAACAGUAAUUUAAUUCCUGUCCGUUUGAAGUGAAUGAUUCACAAAAUCACUUUAACUUAUCCUAUAAUGUAAAAAAAACUACACAGAAUAAGAGACUUUGUUUUUGUUGUGUAAGCUAAGCACUAACCAAGGUGUGAUAUUGUCCUACUGGUCACGGCACGACUUCGCUGCAACCCUGAGAUUGAUUCAUGCAACACAACCCUAUGUGUUACCUGAUAUUUAUUUCAUUAUGUCCUCAAGCAUAAUACAUCAAUUCCAUUUAUACAACUAUUUUGUGCUCAUGUUCUUAUAAUCACCUCACUUACUUGCGUUGGUUUACCUGCAGCGGUUCUUAUCAACUAAUGUUUACAUUAAAUUUCAUUAUUGCAAUUAACCAUUUCUUUGCCUUUUAUUUCCAUUUUUAAUGCAUCUGUUUUUGAUGCUGUUGUUUUCCAAUUAUCAGAUCCUUCUCCUUAUUUAUUUUUCAAAUGGUGUAAAAAAAAAUUGAUAGAAACCUCAGGUUAUAAAUAUUGUGUUUGCUGCUAAGUUUGAUAAAUUUUUUUGUAUAAAUAAUUUUAUAGUCUUUGUGUAGUUUUGGUCAGAUGAUUUGAAAAUAUUUGGUUUUUGAAAAAUCAAAAUUAGUAGUUUUUUUUUAGCUAAAUUUUAUUCUUCAUUAAUUCUUUUUAUCCCAUUUCCUAGCAUGAAAUCAAACAAGCAUUACUAUACAAAAAAUUUCACUUUUGAACAUAGGAAAAUGUUCUUUGCUGUUUAUAAGUUAGCAGCAUUCUUCAUCAAAAAAUUGUUUUUAGUUUUGUAUCAGAGCAUCAAUGAAUAUUUCCUUUGGCACACAAAUUAAGUCUAGCUUUGAUUAAUUUUUAUUUUUCUGGUUAAUGUCUGUAGAAAUUGUAUGUACUAUCAAGUUACCUUUGUUUACAUAGUAUUUACACUUAAAAUUGUGAUACAAAAUGUAAAUACCACAGCUAAUUAUGUGCUGGUAACUGAUGACAAAACAACACAAUCUUGGGAUUAAAUGAAGAAUGUGCUAAUUGGAUUUAAUAAACAUGUAUCUGAUACAAAAUAUUUCCAUGCUUUUAUCCUACUGAUUGAAUCUUUUUACUUAAAGUUUAGUUUUCUCAUAGGGUUUAGUAUUUACUAUUUAGACUUUCAGAGGGCAGAAUUUAAUAGCUUGAUAAUCAUAUUUUUUUCAUAUAAGUCCAGGGCUACUUUCUCAUCAGCAAUGCUCAUUCACAAAUGAAAAGCUGGCAUUGUGCUUAGAUUUACUCUUAUCGUUUAUAUUUAUAAAUUAUAAACACUAUCUUAGUGUCCUGGUAGAUGCAUUGUCUUAACGCCAGUAAGCCUAUUACAUAAAUAACAUAGACAUCAUUCAUAAUAGAUUGACAGGUCUAGUUUUAAAAUUAUUUUAUUGAUAAUAGUUUUAUUAAUUUAGAGCAAUGUCUUAGACUUUUAGAGAACUUUUUCAUAUCAUUAAAUAUCUAGGCACCAAAGAUUUUAGCAACUCAAGAGAAAAAAAAGACCAUUGUGUACUGUCCAUAUAAUUAUUAUAUAAUAGAUAUAGCCAAAAGUCAAGUUUUUGUCUUCCAACACUCUCAUAAAGCGGAAAAGUGAAUUAAAGAAAAAUACUAGGUUUAUACUAAAUCACUUCCAAAACUUAUAAAGUGUAAUUAUCGAAACCAGCAAAUUAAGCUAAAUAACAAAAAAUUUAGUUUGAACUUCUCUGGUUUCAUUAUUGCUUUACACGUAUUUCUUCAACAAUUUUAUUUUGCAAAUAGUUUUUAGAAUGUAACCCCUCUUUGGCUAUUAAUGUUAAUUUGUUUUUUAAAUAUUUUAAAUUUUCUUUGAAUUCAGACUUUUACAGUAACUAAAUCUGCUUUAUAUACACCUCCUUUCAUCAAACAAAAUCAUUUUGUUGACCUAUGAGAAUUUAAAAUUAAAUUAUAUUUAUCAUUAUCAUCUUUUGCUUUUUAUUACUCUUCUUUUCUUUUAUGGAAUAUCAUGUUUAGUUUACCAACAUAAAAUACACAUACACUCAGCUAAAUGUAACUUGUGAGGGCGUUUUAUAAUAAGUCACACCUAUAAAACACCUGACAUUCUGUACAUUUAUAUUCCAAAUGAUUUCACACCUAAUCAUUCACUAUGUAAAUUUUAGUUCUAAAUGUACUUGAGCCAUUAUGAGAAUAUUUUUAAAUUUAAGCCAUGAUUAUUGCCAAAGAUCAUUAUGCUGAAUUACUAUUUGUUUAUUAAAGUUUUAAUAGAUAAAAGAUUUUUUUUAAAGUGUUACUUUCUGACGACACAAAAAAAAUAUUUUAAAUAGGCCUGUUUGUGGAAUUUUGAUUUUUUUUUUAUCUUCUUGAAUUAAAAAAAUUAAUUCUAAAUAAAAAUUAUGAUAUGUAAUCAAGUUUUAUAAAUCAAAUAAUUGAGCCUAGCAUUAGAUGUAAAGAAAUUUUUGGGAUAAGUCUUGAUGUAAUGUCCUUAAAGGACCUUGCAUGACACUACUGUAAAUACUUUGUCAUUUUUUUUUUUGCAAAGUAUAAUCAGGACCUAAUGAUGAUUGCUACUCUUAUUUUAUGCAUGUAUAAUUAUCAAUAAAAUACAAGUUGA